AGAUGGGACAAGCUACGUGGGAGAGAUGAUUAAUCGGUUAUAAAAGAUUUCUCAGGAUGUCUUGGUGUACUAUUGAGUCUGAUCCUGAAGCUAUGUUUGAUGAAUUAGAUCCUUCCGAUGACAUUUUUCAUCACCCAGCUUCUUCCCCAGACCGAAAAUUGGGCAAAUUCCUACCUAAAGCUCGUGCAAAACCUGUUAAGGUUACCUCCGCAGCGCCCAAAACUUCUUAUGCUACCCUGUAUGCUCCUCCUCUCGAGCCUGUGGCUCCGGAUGCUGAUUCAAACCUUGAGAUGGAGCGCCCCUAUCUCCAACCUUGUGUUUCCAAUUCCUAUAGUGUGGCUUGUGACCACCAUUCCGUGCAAGAAUCUGUUUGGCAACUGAAGUCCACACUUGCAGAACCCGUAGAAUCUGAAGGUAAAUAUGUGGAGAAUUUCCAGCAAAAUCAAGGAAACAUAGAUCAGGAUGCAGAUAUGUGCUUUAGCUUGGAUUUUCCUAAUGGUCGCUUGAAGACGACUGGACCUGUUGAUAGCUUUAGGCCAAAAGCUAAUUCACAACAUGAUGACAAAGAACUUGGAGUCGAGGAAUCAUUCUGUGCCUCAUCCCUCUGCUCUGGAUGCAACCAAACAGGGGCUACUCACUCUGAAAUAAAUGCAGUUCAACAACCAUUUCAGGUUGAACAAUCAAUCCUUUUAAAGACCUAUGGAGAUGGAGAAUGUGUGCAAAUUGGUGAUAUUGACGUGCGAUCCAAUAUUGCAGAGUCAAAGGAACAGGCAUCAACAAAGCUUUCCAGCAUGGGCGCUCUUUACGACUUGUCUCAUUCUAGUGGAGCCACUGGUAAGUAGGAGUUGCGAAUUAUUUUGACUAAUUCCUUAGGGAUAUAACAAGUUGAGGUAGGAAACACAUGAAAAUUUCUGGUUUUGAUCGUAUCUUAUGAUUGAUCAUAUUUUUGUCUUUAAGAGGAUAUGAAUUGGAUCAUGAUUUUAAACUGUAAUUAUCAUACUUUUCCAGAGCAAAUAUUUGCAU